CACAGUCAAUCACAAGCGUAAUGAUAAAAUGGAGACUCAUUUGUACGUGCAGUUUAUACACAAAAUUUAAUUAAGUAAGUUCAUGUAUAUAAUCAGUAUUAAAUGGUAACUAAUAGGUAAAUUAUCGUACAUACAAAUGUGAUUUGCAACAUAAAAUAGUUCAAAAAGGUGUAUAUAAAGUGUUUAGUGAAAUUUCUUCAGUGUUAAGUACGGAAUACACCGAAUCAGCAACGGCUACUCAGGCUCCAUGAAAUGGUUUAGGAAAAGAUGAGGAGCAAUGUCAACAGUAUACGAUAUUAAUAGAUAUUUGGCGAAAUGUGCUGCCUAAAGCAAUGGAUUCAUACGACUUGUUCGGAGAAGAUGGAAGUGGUAUGUUGGAUGGUUUAUCCGAUCUUGGAGCUCCACAGUCAGGUAACAGUGGAACACACCCUGCGGUGACUGGAUCUAGAAAUGCUUCGUCGGCCUAUGCACAACAACAAUCUACAGGCUAUCCCAGCAUUCAGCAACAGGAGACGCCAUUGCAGAAACUGGCUUCGUUUGGUCAGACAACAGGGCCUUCGCAGGGCGAUCAAUUCAACCACAUGGAUCCACAACAAAUAUAUGGAGGUUAUGGAAAUCCGGCGGAACGACCAAUGGGCCCUCCAGGGGGUGCUUAUUCGCAUCAAAGACAAAUGGCAAGACCCCCUGCACCAUCUGCCGCCGGUCAAUACCCAUAUCAAACCGCCAAUGAUAACAUGUACUCAAUGCCCGAUGUAGGGCAGGUUGGUGGGGGACUGGGAGAUGCCACAGCCAACAUGCAGGCGGCUGCUGGCUGGGGUCAACAUCCUGCAACUACUGGCUAUCCAAUGCAUAGGUAUGGCCAAAUGGGGGGACACAGAUAUGGUCAGCAGCCGAUGGCUGGAUAUCCCACACACCAGCAAGAACAAAAACAAUUUCCGCCCAGUCAGCAUCCCAUGAUGCAACAUUCUCAUCAAGCUGGAUACCAAAUGCAGCAAAGGCACACUCCACAUUAUCCUCAAGGAACUGGAUAUCCUACUCAGGCGCCGGCAAACCAAAGCUAUCCAAAUUAUAUGCAUCAAAGAAUGCCACAUCACCAUCAAUAUCAAUCACAUCAUCAGAUGGAUAUGCAAAAUCAACAAUAUACUCAGAUGUCUCAUGGACAAGGUUUGCCAGGACAUCAACCCACUCACGGAAAUGCCUCACACAUGGGCCAAACGCCGCACUCCGUUGGGCAUCCAAAUCAACCCCAUCAAGCUCCUCAACAGCCACAAAACCCGCAAAAUUCCAUGGGGCACCCGGCUUAUAAUCAAGGCCAUCCAGGUAUGCAGUCAAUGCAAAGACCAAUGGAUGUACAAGCACCGACUCAACAAUUUGCUCAAAAACAUGGACCAGGUCCUAUGGGUAAUGCAAGUCCUCAGUAUAGAGCACCUUUUCCUCAAUUGUCUCCUCAAAUGUCUCCACGGCCACAAAUGUCUCCCCGGCUACCAGCACCUCAAAUGUCUCCGAGACCAGUAAUGUCUCCGGCUAAGCCAAAUAUGUCGCCGCAUCCUCAAAUGCAACAAUCUACAAAUUUAAGUCCAAGACCCGCCACAAGUCUUACACCUAAAGCUAAUGCCUCGCCUGUUCAGUCAAUGCCACCUUACUCUCAGCAGAGUACUCUUCAAGCAUUAGAGCAGAUGGUAAUGCCACCGACAAGCACGAAUGCGACAGAUUAUCCUACUUAUCAAUCGAGAAGUUCUCUUGGUCCACCACAGGGUCCACCUCAAAACCCGCUUUCUCCAAUGAGAAAUCCGAUUCCUGAGCAACAAUGGCCUCCAACUCAAUCACGACAACAGUCAACUCAUGUAAUCGGCUUAAAUGGAAAUAUGGGUAUGCUGGAUCAAAGUCAAAUACCGUCUAGCCAAACAAUUCCACCCACUCAAAAUAUACAAUCAUCAGGUAUUCCACCUAAUUCGCAAAUGCCAAUCGCACCCUCCUUAGGCGUUGGAUUUGGAAAUGAAGAUUUGCGAACUGAUUUGGGAAAUAAGCAACCGCCAAGCAGUAAUUUAGGUUUAACUGAUUUAGGAACUAAUAGGGAAACGAAUCAUGCGUUACAGUCCUUUAGUACGCAAAAUGACUUUGGUUCAGUACAAUCACCCACUACAAGUAUACCGGAUAAAUUUCCGACCAGUACUACAAAUAUGGAACUGAACCUACCACCUACAUCAGCACCAUCAGUUUCUUCUCAUCCUCCCACUCCUACUCCAACAUCAACGACUGACGAUAAUAUUACUAAUACUCAAGAUAUUAGUCUUCCGUCAAAUAAUGACUCAGUAAAGCAAAUAGAUGAGUUAAGUAAUACCAGUUCCACAUCUCAACAACCAACUCAAAGUCAAACUAAUACAACGAAUACUUUUACCGAUUUUAAUUGCGUAUCCAGCAUGACUGGUUAUUCUAGCCAACCAAGUACUCCUAAAACUAAUAAAAUGGAUGAUUUGGUUCAGUCAAAUAUGUCAUCAAUAUUUAAUCAAGAAAAUUCAAUGUCCCAAGAAUCCUUACCUGAUUCUCAUAAAUCCGAAAGCAAUCAUUUAACACAAAUUGCACCAACUAUACAAUCGCCUUCACAACCAGUAGGCCUCUCUGGUAAUGCUUCACCAGAAGGAGGUAAUACUUUUUCUCAAAAUCAAAGUAAUUUAUCACCAAUGUCUUCGACACAGUCGCCACGUUCUUCUCUAUUAGGUGGUCAAUUAAACCCAUUAAGUUCUCAAUUGGAAACUCUGGAAACAUCCACUUUAAAUCCAAUAAAUCAGUCUCAAUCUGCUACAAUUCCAAUGCACAUGCCAUCUACUAAUAACUUAUUACAACAAAAUAUAUCAUCAGUCCAAAAUAAUUUGUCAAGUCCACCGACGCAAAAUUUAAUGGGAAACUUAUCCAAUCUACAACAAACCAAUUUACCUGUUCUACAAUCGCAAAGUCCUAUAGCUCAAAACGUGUUAUUACCAAAUAAUCAAAAUAUAUCUCCUCAAACAAAUGCACCUCCAUCUGCUGGUAAUGUUGUAGGACCAAUUUCUCAAUUGGGGCAGAUGCCUCCAAAUACUAAUCUUGGACCGCAUAAUACUAUGCCUAAUUUGAAUCCUAAUAAUCAGACAGGAGCCAUAUUUGACCCCACCACUGGAAUGACUGGUCCUAAUGGAAUGCCGAUGGGUGGAAUGAGAGGCCCAAGUAUAGGGCCACAUGGUAUUCCAACUAUGGUUCAUCCGGGUAUGCCCAUAGGUAUAGGCGUAAUGCCUAACAUGGGUGGAAUGCUUCCUGGCCAAGACAUUAGUGGCUACCAACAACCAAUAAGCCAUCAUCAAGAAAGAGCAGCAAUGCAACAACAAUUACAAGAACUUUAUUGCAUGCCACCGGCUCCAGAACACCAAGAAAAAAUCGCGCAUCUUCAAGAAAAACUAAAUAUAUUAAGCCAACAUGAAACUAGUGAACAAUGUAAUGGAGGGCUGCAAUGUGUACUUCAAAGUCCAUUAUUUCAAACACCCAUGAUAGAUAGUCCUCAAGUUACUAGCACUACUGGUAGAGGACGAGGUAAGGGAACAAAGCCUAGGAAACCGCGUCAAAAGAAGGGGGAAAAAGUUAUAUCUCCCACUCAUAUGCAGCCUGUAACGUCGAUGGGAAUGCCAAUGAAUAUGCCAAAUAUGCAACAGCUCCCUGUCUCCGAAGAUUUUGUUACACCUGGCACCGGUUUAAAUGUGCCAAUUAGCGAAAUUUCUGAUAUGACAGACUUAGAUAUAGAUCCAAUGACAGGAGAUCUAGAUGAUAAAAAGAAAAAAAAAUCUAGAGAACCUAAAAAAACUAAAGAACCAAAAGCACCAAAAUCCCCAAAGGAACCCAAGGAAAGAAAGGAAAGGAAAAAACGCGAACCAAAAGAAAAAGAAGUUAGACCAAAACGAAAGUAUGUAAGAAAAAAGAAAUUGGACCAAUCUGACGAAAGUGCUACGGAUGAAUCUUUUAAUAAAUCAUUGGAUAACCUUAGAGAAAUGGCAGAUAACGUAUCCGAUAAUGAAUAUAAACUGGAAAGCAGUGAGGCUGAUAUUUUAAAUGUGAAAGAUAAAGAUAUCAACGAAGAUAUACAAACAACAGAUGAUACAAUUGAAAAUUUACCUGCUGAAAAAUUUCAAGCUGAUUCGCAAACUACCAGUGAUAUGCCUACGGAAGCAACUGAAGAAUCAAAAAAAGAUAAGGACGAAUAUAACUUUGACGAAACAUCCAAUCCUGCCGAAAUUGAAGAAAUGCCUAAACGGCAAAAGAAAAGGGGUGCUCCUAAGAAGGUAAUUUCUUCUAAAGCUAAAGCAAAGGGAGGUACCUUAACGAAAGGAAGAAAACGGAAAGGAGUUGCUCCAGAAUCAGAUGGGGAAGGUGAAGAUCUUAUUACAACCCCACCACCUUCACCUCCCCCAGAGGAGGAUUUAACAAAUAAACGUCGUUCUGCUAGAAACACUCAAAGGAAGAAAUAUGUUGACGACGUUAUGUUGCGAUUUUCCGAUGACGAUACACCUAUUACACCAUCAAGAAGUAGGAAAUCUAUUGUUCCUUCAACACCCCCUGUAAGUACUUCAUUAGCAGCACCAUGCUCUCCACAAGAAACUUUAAAUGAAGAAUCUAUUAGUGAUCAAGCUAAGGGUAUGAAUUAUGUUUACGUUAACACUACAGAAGAAGACUCGAUGGUUGUUCAGCAUAUUUUAAGUUCUCGAAUGGGAAAAAGGGAGAAGGUUUUCCCUAAAAAGGAGGAAUUAUUUCCUGAAAAGGAGAAAAAAUCGAUUGAAAACGAAUCUCAUGCUAAUGAAGACAAAAUUGAAAAGGAAUCUGACGUAACUGAAGAGUCUGAAAAAGAAAUAAAGGAAGACAAAGAAGUAACAGAACUCGAAAUUACGAAAGAUGAAGUAAAAAAUGAAGUGGCUUCUGAGAAACAAGUAGAAAUGUUAGAGGUUGAAGAAUUUUAUGUAAAAUACCGAAAUUUCUCCUAUUUGCAUUGUGAAUGGAAGACAGAAGAGGAGUUAUAUAAAGGUGAUAAACGUAUUGGAAAUAAAAUAAAGCGAUUUAAACAAAAGCAAGCCCAACAAAUAAAUAUUUUUGAGAAUCUAGAGGAUGAACAUUUUAACCCAGAUUACAUAGAGGUUGAUAGAGUUUUAGAUUAUUCUGAACAUGUUGAACCUUCAACAAAUGAGGUUGUUAAACAUUAUUUAGUAAAAUGGAGAUCAUUGCAAUACGAAGAUUGCACAUGGGAAUUAGAAGAGGAUGUUGAUCCAAUAAAAAUUCAACAAUACCUUAAGUUUAACCGUUUACCACCGAAAGACAAAUGGAAACCCAAGAAAAGACCAUCUCCUGAUUCCUGGAAUAAGUUGGAAAAAUCUCCCAUUUAUAAAGGUGGAAAUACGCUUAGAGAAUAUCAAUUAGAAGGGUUGAAUUGGUUACUAUUUUCAUGGUACAAUAAUAGAAAUUGUAUUCUAGCAGAUGAGAUGGGUCUAGGUAAAACCAUUCAAAGUUUAACAUUUAUUCAUGCAGCAUGGGAGUAUGGUAUUCGGGGACCCUUUUUAGUUAUUGCUCCCUUGUCAACAAUUCCAAAUUGGCAACGUGAAAUUGAAAGUUGGACUAACAUGAAUGUUAUUGUAUAUCAUGGCUCUGCUUCUAGUAGAAAUAUGAUUCAAGAAUAUGAAAUGUACUAUAAAAAUGAUAAAGGAAAUCAUAUAAAAGAUCUAACUAAAUUUAAUAUAUUGAUUACAACAUUUGAAAUAAUUGUGACGGACUUUGCUGACUUAAAAGGGUUUAAUUGGAGAUUGUGCGUUAUUGACGAAGCACAUAGACUUAAAAAUAGAAAUUGCAAACUCUUAGAAGGCCUUAGACAGUUAACUUUGGAACAUCGAGUAUUACUAUCUGGUACUCCAUUACAAAACAAUGUUAACGAAUUGUUUUCGUUAUUAAACUUUCUGGAGCCACUACAAUUUCCAAGUUCAGAUGCAUUUAUUCAAGAAUUUGGGGCUCUUAAAUCGGAACAUGAAGUACAAAAAUUACAAUGUAUUUUGAAACCUAUGAUGUUGCGACGAUUAAAAGAAGACGUUGAAAAAAGUUUAGCGCCAAAGGAAGAAACUGUAGUUGAAGUGGAAUUAACAAACAUACAAAAAAAAUAUUACAGAGGUAUAUUGGAAAGAAACUUUUCGUUUUUAUCAAAAGGUACCACGCAUGCUAAUAUUCCUAAUUUAAUGAAUACCAUGAUGGAACUUAGAAAAUGUUGCAUUCAUCCAUAUCUUUUAAAUGGGGCUGAAGAUCAAAUUCAAUAUGAUUUCAAAAUGUCAAAUGGAGAGGAUCCUGACGCCUAUUAUAAAGCUUUAAUUCAUUCAUCUGGUAAAAUGGUGUUGAUUGAUAAACUGUUAUCAAAAUUAAAGGCAAAUGGCCAUAGAGUCCUAAUUUUUAGUCAAAUGGUAAGAUGUUUAGAUAUAUUAGAAGAUUAUCUGGUUUAUAGAAAAUACCCGUUUGAAAGAAUCGAUGGCCGAAUUCGUGGUAAUUUACGACAGGCUGCCAUAGAUAGAUUCUCUAGACCAGAUUCUGAUAGAUUUGUUUUUCUUCUCUGUACAAAAGCAGGCGGCUUGGGUAUUAAUUUGACGGCUGCUGAUACGGUUAUUAUAUAUGACAGUGAUUGGAAUCCACAAAAUGAUUUACAAGCUCAAGCCAGAUGUCACCGCAUCGGACAACAAAAGAUGGUGAAAAUUUAUCGUUUGUUGUGUAGGAAUACAUAUGAAAGAGAAAUGUUUGACAAAGCAUCCUUAAAACUAGGUUUGGAUAAAGCUAUUUUACAAAGUAUGAAUACCUCUCAGGGUGGUAAAGAGUCGGGAAAUAGACAACUUAGUAAAAAAGAAAUUGAAGAUCUCUUAAAGAAAGGUGCAUAUGGUGCUCUUUUGGAUGAAGAUGAUGGAGACAAAUUUUGCGAAGAAGAUAUUGAUGUUAUUUUGGCCAGAAGAACCCAAGUUAUAACAAUGGAAUCUGAAAAGGGUUCAACUUUUUCCAAAGCUAGUUUUGCAUCCAGUGCCAAUAGGUCAGAUAUUAACAUUGAUGAUCCAGAUUUUUGGAAUAAAUGGGCUAAGAAGGCCGAAAUUGAUACCACUGAAAAAGACGAAAGUGAGGAUUUGUUAAUGAAUGAACCUAGAAGAAGAACUCAAAUUAAAAGGUAUGGUCAUGAUGAAAGCGCAAUUGAUAUGUCAGAGUUGGAAUCCACUUCAGAUUCUGAUGUGGAUGGAGAUGGUUCAGGAUUAACAUUACGCGGUAGCAGAAGAAAUAAAUUAAAGAAAAAGAAAUAUCGCGAUGAAUAUUUUCCCAGAGAAGGAGAAAGGGGUGAAAUUGUUUAUGGUAGUUGGGCAAGAAGGGAGUGUUUCAUGAUUGAAAGGGGACUUCUUACUUUUGGUUGGGGAAGAUGGAAUGAAAUUUUACAACACUCACAGUUAAGAAAAGGGUGGAGAGAGCAAGACGUUGAAGAUUGCGCCAGAGUUAUUCUGUUAUACUGCCUAAGAUUUUACCGAGGCGACGAAAAAAUUAGAAGUUUUAUAUGGGAUUUAAUUGCACCUUCGGAAAACGGAGAGCAAAAAAUAUCAAGAAAUCAUCAUGGACUAAAAGAUCCAGUUCCAAGAGGAAUUCGAAAUAAAAAUAAGAAAAAGGGCAAGGAUGAUAGAAGACAUGCCGCCUUAACUGAUCCUAAUCAUUGGAGCAAAAGUGAAAAAUUUGAUGGUGAUAUAUUCCUUGAAAAUAAUUACAAGAAACAUCUAGGACGCCAUGCAAAUAAGGUCCUAUUAAGAGUACGCAUGCUGUACUAUAUUAAACAUGAAAUUAUUGGAGAUCUUGUUCAGCAUAUUGCCGAUGGCGUCCAUGCAAGUGCCUUGCCGAUUUACCCUCCCCCCACGGAACAGUUGCCGUGCCCCUGGUGGGACAGUGAGUGUGACAGGUCCCUGCUCAUUGGCACAUGGAAACACGGCUACGAAAUGUACACUUCAAUGAGGGCCGAUCCGGCCUUGUGCUUCCUAGCGAGGUGCGGUCCGCCCACAGAACGAGACCUCCUGAUGGCGGCAGCGGCGGGGGCCGCCGACAUGCCAAUCGAAAAGUUACCUGGUUUAGGUGCUCAGGGUGCCUCAGCUACCAUUGCCACCCCAACCAAUGAUGACGACAUGGACGAUGAUGAUGUUAAUGAGGAUUCUAGUUUAAAAUCUAGGACCAGAGAUGUUUCAGAAGUAAACUCCGAAAUAGCAGAACCUUCACCUGGCCCGUCUGCCUCUUCGGAGUCGCAUCCUAUCGAUGUCGACGAAAGGGAAGACGUGACUGGCGAUGAUAAAACUCCUUGGCCCACCAUAACUGAUCUUAACACUAGGCUUAGGAGAGUUAUAACAUCCUAUCAAAGAAGUUAUAGAAAGGAGGAACAAAAAAUGCAACAGUCUAAACCCAAGCCUCCCUCGAUAGACUCGCUGACCAACCCUCUGGCCGCAUUGGCCCAAGUUUCGCAGCAAUACGACCCCAGGGACGCUGCCAGCUUAGGUUUGCAAGGAUGGGAUCUUCAACAGCUCGCGCUCUAUCUUCUGAUGGAGAGGCAAGGUAAGCAAGCCAUGGAACAAGCCAUGCGCGAUAUAAAAAGAGAACCAGAACGGUAUACUCUGGGAAAACGAUGGACUAAACGCGAGGAGGCCGACUUCUUUAGAGUUGCAUCUACAUACGGAGUCAUUUAUUAUCGUAAAAAGAAAGUUUACGACUGGACUAAAUUUAAACAACUAGCCAAACUAGAGAAAAAGUCUGAUGAAGAACUAACAGAGUAUUACAAGCAUUUUGUGACCAUGUGUAAGAAACAGACUGGUUUAGAUGACGGUAGUUACGACACGACCAUUGAGCACAUUGGCGAAGAAAAAGCGAGAAGAACUUUAGAAAGAUUAGAUUUGCUUUCUAGAAUAAGAGAGGAAGUUCUUACACAUUCGAAAUUAGAUGAAAGACUAAAAGUUUGUGUUACAUCAGCUGACAUGCCUGAUUGGUGGAUUGCUGGAAAACAUGACAAAGACUUGUUGGUUGGCGUUUCUACACAUGGGUUAGGGAGAACAGAUUACUAUUUGCUGAAUGAUCCUCAAUUGUCUUUUCAAGAAAUACUAAAAAAUAAAGUAAAUACUGAAUCCCAAGACUCAAAGGGUGCAAUAAAACUUGAAAGUCAUGAGGAUAUAUUGAAAUUUGAUGAGGACGAAAUUCUUGUAAAGCUAGAAAAAGGAGAAGGGACAUUAAAAAUAGAAAAAGUGUCUGUUAAAAAAGAGACGCUUGAAGAGAAAAAAUCAGAAGUGGAAACUAAGGAGAAAACAAAAGACGAAAUAGAAGAAUAUAAUAACGAAGUCCCUCAUGAGAAUGUUAAAGUGGUUGAUGAUACAAAUAUUGAGGCUAAAAAAUCUAAAUAUAAAGAAAUAGACGCAAAAGAAUUAAAUGUUAAAGAUAAUGAAAUUAAAGAUCUUGAAAUAAAAGAUACUAAAACUGAAAACAAUGACACUAAGGUUAACGAUGCUGAAAAAGAAAAACAAACAGAAGAUACUACAGAUACUGAAGUAAUUGAGAACAAAGAUAAGCAACUAUUAGAAAAACCAAAAGAAGAAGCAAUCCUCAAACCUGAUGAAGAUCUUAAACCUGAAGAAAAACAUUCCGAAAAAGUCGAAUCCGAAGAAAAAGAAGAGGUUAAAGAGUCAGAAACAGAAAAUCUACCAAACAAAGAUGAAAAAAUAGAGGAACUAAAAUCAACGGAAACAGAUGUAGACUUGUGUUCCAAACAGGCUGCAGAAUUAAAAGCCAUGUUUCCUGAUUUGGAAGUCAUACAACCUUUGUCAAGGCUUUCCCAAGUUGACACUUUUGUGUUAAGAGAUAAACAAGGUUCUGGGGCCUUAGACUUUAGUGAAACAACAGUUGCUCAACUAUUUAAUAAUGCCGUUAAAUGGCCAAAAGAAUACGCUAUUCAAGUUCGUUUACAGCACAUUAUUUAUGCAAUUGAAACUAAAGAAUGGCCAGCAACCAAAACAUUUAGCGCAUAUGCAUCAGGUAUAGGUAACGAAAUUGAUAUUCCAAUACAUGAAUUGCCUAACGAUCCUCCCAAACGGGAAACAUCCACAACCAUGUCCAUUAGUGAUCCUGAUAUAAUGAGUCUUGGUCGAGUAAACAAGAAAAAUAAGAGGCAUAUUGCAAUAGAUGUGGAAACAGAGCGCGCAAAACUUCAUGCCUUACUUAACAAUAGUCAUAUGACAACUAAUCCUCUUUCAAAGCAUAACUUGGGGUGGGAUAAUGAAGAUUCAGAGGACUCACGGAGAUCAACACCAAAUCAAGGGAACUUGCAACCACCACCAGCUCAUCAACACGCUUCUUCCAGGUUAAUCAAUAUGCCAUAUGAUCUAAAAUAUCAUACCACACAACCUAAGACAAUUGGACAAACCACUGUCAUUCCUGGAACAAGCAGCACACUUACACCAAUUGAUCUUAGUUCAAGUAUUCCCAAAAGUUCAGAUAAAAUGUCUGUUUCUGACAUACAAAAUGAAGUUCAAGAUUUUUCUCUGAAAAAAUCUUCUACGGUUUUAUCUACCCCAUCAUUAACGGUUUCGAAAACCAGUAGCAAUAAAUUGGAUGACACCUUAUCCAAACUUAUGAAGAGAAAAAAUUGCCCGGAACCUGAGGCUGUAGUCGGAAAAGAGAAAAAGCGUCGUAAAUUGGACGAAAUAGUUUUGGGAUUGUCCGCUGCUAAAGAGCAGUCCCUAUUCCCAGAAACCUCUAAAAAACCCACUGUAACUCCUAGUGUAACAGUAACACCUACGUCUGCACCCGUAAGCUCUUCCCAUAAUCCAACACAAAAACCUUUUACCAUCACAGUUACUUCUGUUCCUAAUACAGCUCCCUCUUCUCGCAGUUCGACAAUUCCAAAUUUGUCCGGAAGCGGUAAAGACAGCUUAUCUUCAUUUUUGGCACAAGCUGACCAGCAAAAUCUGCUAUUAAAGAAACAGCAACAACAGCAAAGAAAAAACUAUGAGGCAAUGAUUGAUAUUAGCAAAGUUCCAGAUUUUAGUUCCAAAGUAACUUCAUAUUCCCAUGAAGCCAAAGUUAAUAAAUGGCUUGCUGAACAAAAUGCUGCUCUUGCAGAACAACCUUUGGGAGCUGAUUAUUUAUCACCAAGAAGGAGAAGACCUAGAAUCGACCCAACAUUGCUAGACUGGAAAAAAUUAACUGGUGAAGAAAAUGUAUCUGUAAUACAUAGAAUUUCUGGAAAGAAGUUAACAGGUCCAAAAGCACCCACUUUAAAACGCCUGGGCCAAUGGCUAAUGGAAAAUCCAAUGUAUGAUAUUGAUCCUAAGUGGUCAGAAUUGGUUAAGGAACGUGGGAAUUUAAGUACAGACUUGCACAAACGUUUACCUGGUACAAGUAGUAGCAGUACUAGUGGUAGUAACAGCAGUAAGAGCAAAAGCAAUAUACCUGGAAGACCACCUCUUUUGGCUAGCCCAACUGGAUCAACAUCCAGUGUAAGUUCUGCAAAUCUGUCAACAUCGAUACCGUCUACUUUAUCAUUCCCAUCAUUAAGUACUGCUGGGUUAUCUGGCUUAAACUCUAACUUACUAUCAGGAUUGUCUGGAUUGGGACAAUUUGAUCCCAAAACAAAUCCUCUAUUAAUGCCUUUUGCUGGUAUGCCUAACAUGGGUACCCUAAGUUCUAUGGGUAGUUUGGGUAAUUUAAGCAAUAUGAAUUUGUUUGCUAACUUAGCAGGAUUAGGUAUUCCUGGACUUGGAGGCAUGGAUCCAUCUGUUCUUUCUGGGGAGUCUACAUCCACAUCAAUGUCAAAAAAUUCUAAUAAAUCUAGCACAGCCACUUCCAAACAACAAAAACCUCAGGAAGCACACAGCUCUAGCAAGAGUUCAAGCUCAAACUCCAUACCAACCACUAACCCUUUCCCAUUUUUCUUUCCAAAUCCCAGUCUUUUAUAUACGCCCCUUGGAUUGGGUGGAAUAAAUCCAUUUUCUUUACCAACUGGUAUGUCUGCUGCAUAUGAUACUCUAGCACAGCAAUGUGGUUUACUUAACGGUAGCUUGAAUCCAGCAGCUUCACCAAAUUCUUUAUCGAAGAUGAGCAAACCGAGCUCAAGCCGCCCUUCGUCGUCUUCUACUACAACAACGACAACUUCUUCCGGCCACAGUUCAAAGUCAUCAAAAAUGUCUAGCAGGGACGCACAAUUACAAAGUCUUCUCCUGCCACCUGAUACACAAAUCCUGGAAAGCCUUUCCAAGGCAGCUGCAGGAGGUUUAGACACCGCUCUUCUAAAGCAAAAGAGCGAUAAAAAAGAAGACAAACGCAAAACUUUGGAAAGUUUAAAAGGUAUCUUGCCUUCUGAUUUUAGCACAACUGUCAAAGACAAGAAAGGUGGACUUUCUGGUCUAACAGAAUUUACCAAGUUAUUGGAGGCUCAAGUGUCCCAAACUACUAAGAAAUCCCAAGAGCAACAAAUGAAGGAAGCUUUAGAACAGUUAAGCAAAACCAACCCAGACUUAAUGGCAAGACCUGUUAUAGAACACCCAAAACCAGUUGCACUUAAACGGCCUAGAGAUUCAACGGAUUCAGUUGAAAAUAAGUUAGUUAUAGAUGAGGAUGUGCAACCCCUCUCUAAAAAAACAAAAGACGAAAUUCCCUCUGCUGAUUUAAACGCAGAUCAGGAAGGUGUAGACAUCGAGACAUUACUUCCACCUUUGACAGUAGUUAAACCAGGUGGUCAAAAUUUGGAAAAUUUUUCCGCAAAACCUGCAGAGCCUUCAGUCCAGUCAUUUUCAGCGAUAGAACCGUCUAAAAAUACUGAAGAUAAAGUUGAAGGACCUAAGGACGACGAUGAGGCGAAAGCUCAAGCAUCUGCUGAAACAUCAACUUCGUCGGCUGGAGAGUCCAGCCCACCCAAGAAAGCUGCAAAGCGGACAAGGGGAAAACGUAAGUCAGGAGAUUUUCUUCCAUUAGACCCAGAGGCUGUUGUACAAAAAAAGAACCUACGUUCAAGUGCUAGUCGAUCUGCGGCAGCGGCAGCUGCCAGGCAAAAAUUGGAAGCUGAAAAUGCAUUAAAAGAAAGUGAAGGCGCAUCGUAAACAUAUUUUACCAAAAUUUAAACUGUUUACGCGAAAAAAACAUUAGUGAGUGAAUUUUGGUGUAAUAAAUGUGGGUAUUUGGCAAACUGUGAUAACUAUUGAACUUGACCUAUGGAUGCUUGUAGUGUUCGAAAACUUUUAAGAGGGUGCACAUUUUUCAUUGCCACUAAUUUCUUAAACUGAACUGAAUUAUUAAGCUUGGUAAAAAUAUGUAUUCUCCAAAAAAUACUGAUAGAAAAUAAUUACUGCUACUAGGCUUAAGAUAUGUAAUCAACUAAAAUUGGAUUAGGCAGAAUAUACUGUUAUCCGCAGCCUUAAGCCCGCUUCACAAUAGCCCGGAAUCGGGAACGGGAAUGGGUUGUUGUGCAGCGGGCUUUAAACCAUAUUACACAUUAAAAUUACAUUAAAAACAAUUUUUCAACCCAAAUGUUUUAAAAUUGGUAUAUGUAUAUUAAAUGUUUCAAUAAAGUUAAUAUAAAUUGUUGGUUUUGUAUAUUGUCUUAAAAUGUUUUGUUCUUGUGUACCAUUGAAGCAUUUGAUUACUCAAAGUACACAAUUUCUUUGAUACAUUUGAUUUUACAAAUUGUAUAUAUAUUUAAAAAAAAUGUCAGAUAAUUUCUUUUUAAUAGGUGUGAAAAGUGUGUAAAUACAUUCUCGUGUUUUUUAUUUUUUUUAUUUAAUGAUGUAUGGUAUAUAAGUCUGAUAUGAUAUGAAUAUUUAUUAUCAUUUUUAUAAUAUUCUGACUUUGUAUUUAUUUUUUGUUUUGAUUCUGCAUUUGCCGAAAAUAUAUAAAUAUUCUUUUUAGAUCUGUUGAAAUAACAUUUGUAAACUAUCUUAUCAUAGUAUGGUAGCUCUCUCUAUCUCAUUUACUGUUACAAUGUUCAUAUAGAGACAUAAUUAAAUAAUAUAAUACAAAUCAA